GUCACCAGUCGGGAAAAAUAAAUCAAUACUUAGCUAAAAUAGUUAUUAUAUGCCAUGAAACGUAAUGAAAAAGCAUAGUGGUAGAAGAUCACAUAAUUAUCCCAAAAUGAUUCGAUCGAUAGAGUUACGAAAAUUCAUUCGCUUCGUAGUUAUCGCCGUCGUGUUCGUGUCUCUUGUAAUGUGCCAUGACGAAGAUGUGAUUGAGGUAGCCUGAAUAAAAACACUAUCCAAAUAAAAUAGUUAAAAUGGCGAACACAGCACAAUUAAUCCGUCGUCAAAGCUCAAGGGAUUUGUACGCUCAACGAUCCUUGGAACGGAUGGAAAUGAAAGAAUUGCGUGGUCGACUUGUUACUUUAGAAAAUGGACACACGCAUAGAGCUAAGGUCAUGUAUGGUGCCACUAACCAGGCGUUUGAAGAUACCAGCCCCAGACAGUCUUCCGAAACUCCGAGUAAGGAAAGCUCUGUAGAAGAACGGGGUGGUUUUAAACCGGAAAACGGAGAAGGCGAAAGAGAGUCGUGGGACAGCAAGUUGACCUUUUUGCUGGCUACGGUUGGGUAUGCAGUGGGUUUGGGCAAUGUGUGGAGGUUUCCAUAUCUCGCGCAGAAGAAUGGGGGUGGUGCAUUUCUGAUACCAUACUUUGUGAUGCUGGCGAUUGAGGGCAUACCAAUAUUUUAUUUAGAAUUGGCUAUUGGGCAACGUUUGCGAAAAGGAGCCAUUGGAGUCUGGCACCAGGUAUCUCCGUAUUUAGGUGGAAUUGGGAUAAGUUCCGCAGUGGUUUCCUUCAAUGUAGCGUUAUAUUACAACUCGAUUAUAGCAUGGUGCUUGUUCUACUUCGCUCAGAGUUUCCAAGCUGAGUUACCUUGGUCGGAGUGUCCGAAAAAAUAUUUUAGCAAUGGAUCAUAUACCUUAGAACCUGAAUGUGCAGUAAGCAGUCCUACUCAAUAUUUUUGGUAUCGAACAACUUUACAGAUAUCAGAGGAUAUUAACUACCCAGAAACAUUCAAUUACAAGAUAGCUUUGGCUCUUAUAAUAGCCUGGAUCCUGGUCUAUAUGUGUAUGAUUAAAGGGAUUGCAUCUUCCGGAAAAGUUGUAUACGUCACUGCAACUUUUCCGUACAUUGUGUUAGUAAUAUUCUUCUUCAGAGGAAUAACUUUAAAAGGAAUGAGCGAUGGUCUGAUCCACUUGUUUACUCCGAAAUGGCAGAGGAUUUUGGACCCUGUUGUAUGGCUCGAAGCAGGGACACAAAUCUUCUUUUCCCUUGGCCUAGCGUUUGGCGGCCUGAUUGCUUUUAGCUCGUACAAUCCAGUUGACAAUAAUUGUUAUAGAGAUGCAAUAAUGGUCUCUAUGACAAACUGUUUAACGUCCAUGUUCGCCGGAAUCGUCGUUUUUUCAAUUAUUGGCUUCAAAGCAACUAUGGUAUAUGAGAAAUGCUUGAGCGAGAGAAAUCAGACGCUUUUAGAUAUGUUUGGAUCUGGAUAUAGGAAUAUGGUGUUUCCGGAGGCGGGGCAAAAUAUUACCGUCGGAUUUAAUGGCAGUUUCACUCGUUUAAUAAUGCCGCAUUUACCUGAAUGUGAUUUACAAAAGGAAUUGGAUAAUACAGCAUCUGGGACGGGACUAGCAUUUAUAAUAUUUACAGAAGCAAUCAAUCAAUUUCCGGGCGCGCAAUUUUGGUCCGUAUUAUUUUUCUUAAUGCUGUUCACAUUGGGAAUCGACUCACAAUUCGGGACCUUAGAAGGUGUGGUCACAUCGAUUGUUGAUAUGAAACUAUUUCCCAAUCUAAGAAAGGAAUAUUUGACGGGUGGAAUAUGUUUGUUAUGUUGUUUAUUAUCUAUGGGAUUCGCGCAUGGAGCCGGAAGUUACAUAUUUCUGCUUUUCGACAUGUAUAGCGGAAACUUUCCAUUGCUGAUCAUUGCGCUGUUUGAAUGUAUUGGAAUCUCUUAUGUCUAUGGAGUGAAUAGAUUUGCUGACGACAUAGAAGCAAUGACAGGCCAACGGCCCGGCAUUUAUUGGCUAAUAUGUUGGAAGUAUCUUUCUCCGCUCGCCAUGAUAUCCAUUCUGAUAUCCUCGUUUGCGGAGCUGGCCGUCGAAGGCUCUGGUUACGACGCCUGGAUAAGUUCUGAAGGAGACACAGUAAGAAAGCCCUGGCCGGUGUGGGCCAUACUUCUGGUUUUGGUGCUCGUCUUGGCUUCUGUCUUGUGGAUACCCGGAUUAGCUAUUUGCAGGUACUUCGGCAUCCAAGUGAUUGAUGACGAGGAACGCGCCUGGUUUCCCGCAGAGGACCUUCGUGUUUUCCACGGCAUAGAACCGCACCCCGUAACUUCGCUGCAGACAAUACUCUUUUGUACCCGGCCGGAUGGCACUGAACGUUGCUGCUGGCCUGGAUGCUGCGAAACUGAUGAUGAGGAAUAGCAUAUCAGUAAGAAAAGUUAGGCCUGUAUCUUGUUUCUUUCGUACAAAAAUAUUACAAUACAAUUUGACAAUAAUCAAGUAUAGAUAAUACAAAAUUUUAGAUUUUGCCUUUAUUUUAUUUAAGUAGUAAUUAUAAUAACUAACUAUAACGCAUAUGCCGCAGCUAAAUAGUUUAAUUAGCUAUUCAAUCAAGAUCCCAGCCGCUUUACUAAACUACGCCGUUAAACAAGCAGGCUGAAUGAUUUUCAACAUUACAUUUAACAAACAUGUGACAGACACAAAAAAAUAUUUGACAUACAAAAAUCUUUAUUGAAAAUCAUAAGCGACGCCAAAGUGGAACUAAAUAGAAAUGAAAAGGCUAAGCAAUUAAUGAACGUCAUGUUUUUUCAUAUUUGCUAAGCUUUAUCAAAAUGCCUGAUUGAUAUUUAGUAAGAAUACUUAAUCAAAUUACUGUAUUUCAUUUAGGCCGCUUGUUAACAACGUUGUUUAGGAAAGCGGCUAGGCUGUUCAUUGAACGGCUAAUUAAGCUAGUUGCCUGCGACACAUACACUUCGCUUGAAUGAAAUAUAACGUAAAAGAAGACGCACAAGUUUCAGUAGUAAUUUUUGAGAGGAUGUCAUGUGUUUUUUUUCGAAUAAAAUAUCAUAAUAUCUAAGCGCAAAUAAUUUGUUCUGUAUGUUUUUUAUAAUAUUUACAUGCACGGAAAUAAUUUCGACACGGAUCUUAGUAAAAAAAAUUACGAUUUAUUAACUUUUGUAUUGAUAUUUUCUUGUAAAUUUAACUUUUUGAAGAUUUUUUCGAUA